UUGAAUACAGCGCACGUAUUUCCCGUCAAAGAAAUAAAAAACGCGGGAAAGUUUAACGUGAUUUUCGAAUUCAUUAUGAAAAAUGGAAUGUGGUCAUUGUUUUACAUGUAAAUAGUACUAAUGUUUUAUUGUAUUUUGAAGAGGAUUGUAAAAUAGUGCAUAUGUAAAGUUUACAAUGGGUGGCUGGUUGAGCUACCUAUGGUGGGGGGGCGACCCAGACGUUGCUCACCCAGUGUCUGGCCUCACCAAGAGAGAAGUAUACGCAGUACAGAAGUCCUGGGCACUUGUGUAUGCUGACUCUAUGGCUAAUGGAACGGAGCUGUUGAAACGAUUAUUCCGAUCAUAUCCAGAAACGAAAGAAUUCUUCAAAAUGGUCAAAAAAUCGUCAGAAGAGGAAUAUCCUCACAAUCCUCAAUUCAAGGCGCAUGUAGUUAAUCUAAUGGCUUCAUUGAAUAUGGCAGUAAUUAACUUGAACCAGCCAGAGGUUGUGGCGGCCAUGAUGAAUAAGCUCGGCGAGUCGCACGGCAGGAGAAAAAUAGAGCAGAGACAUUUCCACGAUUUAAAAGACGUCAUAGUGAAAAUGUUCAUAGAAGUCUUGAAACUUGACAACGCUACGCUAGGCGCGUGGGGCAAAACGGUUGAAUUCUGGUACAAACACAUAUUUGAGACUCUUGGAACCAAAGGGGAAAGCAGAUAACAGAGUUAAUACAUUUAAUUAUACAUUUUAUAAGUCUCGUUAUUAUAUAGCUAGUCUAUUACAAUUUUAUGAUAUUGUAGGUACGUAUGUUCGUAAGUUUUAAAUAAAU